AGAGCCGAGGCGGAAGUCGAGGGGCCCCUCAGGUGGAAGUGACGCUGACCCCGCUGCCCAAAAUGUCGGCGCCCAGAGGGAGGUGUAAGUAAUUAAAGAGGAAAGCCGACAGACUUUCCCGGACUCCCGGGGCUCUGCCUGGUUUCCAGGACUUCCGCUACGCAAAAGCAAGAGAAAGCCCCAAGCUACCACCGGACCUCCCACCAUGGAUGACUCCUCAAUGCCUGUGGUCCCUGCCACUCUUGCUGCUCCAGGGCCAGCACCGUCUGCCACUGCUCCUCGGGUCCCCUUUCACUGCAGCGAAUGUGGCAAGAGCUUCCGCUACCGGUCGGACCUGAGGCGCCACUUCGCCCGCCACACGGCGCUCAAGCCCCACGCCUGUCCUCGCUGCGGCAAGGGUUUCAAGCAUAGCUUCAACCUGGCCAACCACCUGCGCUCACACACCGGCGAGCGGCCCUACCGAUGCUCAGCCUGCCCUAAGGGAUUCCGAGACUCCACUGGCCUGCUGCACCACCAGGUCGUCCACACUGGUGAGAAGCCCUACUGCUGUUUGGUCUGUGAGCUCCGCUUCUCCUCUCGCUCCAGCCUGGGCCGCCACCUCAAGCGGCAGCACCGGGGCGUGCUCCCCUCGCCCCUGCAGCCCAGUCCGGGCCUGCCUCCCCUGAGCUCCCCCUGCUCAGUGUGUUGCAACGUGGGUCCCUGCUCGGUUUGUGGAGGUGGAGGGGCCGGCGGGGGAGAGGGCCUGGAGGGAGCAGGAGCGACCAGCUGGGGACUGGCAGAGGCUGCAGCUGCCGCCGCGGCCUCGCUACCCCCGUUUGCAUGUGGUGCGUGUGCCCGGCGCUUUGACCACGGCCGGGAGCUGGCUGCCCACUGGGCUGCACACACCGAUGUGAAGCCAUUCAAGUGCCCGCGCUGUGAGCGCGACUUCAAUGCGCCUGCGCUGUUGGAACGCCACAAGCUCACCCAUGACCUGCAGGGGAGCAGUGCACCCCCAACGCAGGUUUGGGCCUCCGGUGGAGGUCCGGAGGUGGCUGGAGAGGGCGACAAGGAGGAGGUGGUGGCUGUCCCGCCGACCUGGGACGCCGGGCUGCUCCUGAGCCCUACUGGGGCUGGCGUGCCCAAGCUGGAGGCACUGCUCCCCGGGGACGAGGGCACCGGGAAUGCCCGGGCUCCGGCUGCGGCAGCCGAGGCGUCCUCGGAAGACACACUGUACCAGUGCGACUGCGGGACCUUCUUCGCGUCAGCCCCGGCCUUGGCCAGCCAUCUAGAAGCGCACUCCGGCCCAGCCACCUACGGCUGCGGCCACUGUGGGGCGCUGUACGCAGCGCUUGCUGCCCUGGAGGAGCAUCGGCGUGCCAGCCACGGUGAGGGCAGCGGGGAAGCGGCCCCCGACGGUGAGGGCGAGCAGGCUGCUGGCGGGCCCGGACCCGGCUCCUCCAGCCGAGGCAAGAAAAUCUUUGGCUGUUCGGAAUGUGAGAAGCUAUUCCGUUCUCCUCGAGACCUGGAACGGCAUGUGCUGGUCCAUACCGGGGAGAAGCCGUUCCCGUGCCUGGAGUGUGGCAAGUUCUUCCGCCACGAGUGCUACCUCAAGCGCCACCGGCUGCUGCAUGGCACAGAGCGACCCUUCCCUUGCCACAUCUGCGGCAAGGGCUUCAUCACGCUCAGCAACCUCUCUAGGCAUCUGAAGCUGCACAGGGGCAUGGACUGAAAAACCAGGCCACCCCUGCCUGGAAAAGUGGUGCCACCCAGAACCCACACCGGGACCACAGUGAAGCAUCCUUCAGCAAAGGGGUCCAAGAACAUAACCGUUGGGGAAUUUCUCUCUGAAAUCUAUAGAUUCUUGACUUUGAGACCCCUCAAAUGUGGUAUGUUCAAAUCAACUGGCCUCUGAGACUGGGGACCUGGGGAUAAAAAAAACGGGUCUCCACUAACAUC